CCGGUAACAGAAUCCCGGAGUGCCAGCGCUGCGCCUCCGGAGUCCGGGCACCGCCGGGAGCCCAGCAGCCGCCUUUCUCCGCGAGAAAAAUGUCGGAUCAAGAGGAGAAAGAGUUUGAUUCAGUUGACCCGGAAACAGAAAAUGAGGAUGCGUUUGCUACAGAGAACAUUCCAGCUCCCUCAGGAGAGCCUGAAAGAGCAGAACAAACUGAAAAGCAGGAAGCUGAAGCAGAUGGGCCCGGCGAGGGCAGGGACGUCCCGGAGGAGGGGCGGAGUGACCACAGCGUUUCAAGCCUUGAGUCAAGCGAGGAAGGGCCCCCGGCGGAAGAGGGUCGCCCACCCAGUCAGACUCCGCCGAUUCCAAGGCAGAAGCGAAAGCAGAGUCCAGGGGACAGUCUGGAACUUCUGGACAGAAUAAAGGCCGUGAAGGAGGCUUUGCAAACGUCCGUGGUCGAUUCUUCAGCAACAGUUAAAGUUAUACUUAUCCCCGUGGGCCAGGAGAUUAUAAUUUCUUACAAAGUUGACAGCAUUUUUAAAAAUCUCAAGGAUUAUUUUUCACAAUUCUUAAGUGUCCCAGCUUAUUUACUGCAGAUAAAGUAUGCAGGAAAAAUUGUUAAAAAUAACGAGUCUCUAAUUCAAUAUGGAGUCAAGCCACAGGAUAUUAUACAAGUGGAAAUCUUUUCUGCAAAUCAGGAACUGUAUCCAAUCACAAAUGUAGCUGUACUAAAAAGGCUCUCUCACAUCAUAACUGUCACCAUAGAAACUGGCAUUGAUCAGUCCCAGGAGGUAGUUGUUGAGAUUAUCAAAUCUGACUUUCAUAAACCAUUUCUUGGUGGAUUCAGACAUAAAAUAACAGGCGUAGAAUAUCAUAAUGCUGGAACGCAGACUGUACCUAAAAAGAUUUCUGGAAGACCUGAUGUAUUUUGUAGGGAUACACAGACAGUUUCUCUGAGAAAAAAGUUCCAGCAGACUGCAAAUACAGCAUCCACACAAAUGACUAAAAUUGGUGUGUAUGUCUCCAAUAUAACUGACAAAUUGGUAACACCAGGAAAAUACUUCUCCUCUGAAGACCAAGGUGACCGCAGAUUACAGGCGGUGAUAAAGAUUCAGACGCACUACAGGCGAUGGCAUGCCAGGGUCUUGGUAGAGAACUUAAAAAUGCAGAAGCAGCUGAGACUGGAGUGGGAAGCUGAGGAAGAACUAAGGAAGCAAAGAGAAAAAGAAGAAUGGAUGCAACUGGACUAUUACCGGAGGCGUAAUCCUAGGACGAACGAUGACUUCGAGCUUCUUUAUAAUGCGCUAGAGCUCUGGAAGCAAAAGGAACUUGACUGCAUUAACCAAUCUUUCACUGGAGCUGAAAGGAAAGCUGCUUUGUGCGAACUGCUGGAGAAAGAGACCCAGUUAAUUGCUUCCGUUGGGAGACACAGAUACGAUGCUUAUAUGACGAGCCAGGAAGAAGCAGUACAAGCCUUUUUGGAUAAGUGUUCCGCUCCGAAGUCAUGGAGAACAGCUACGGGCAACAUCAUUGAGAUGGACACACAGUUCACCCUCAGAGCCAGAGAGCUGCAAGACAUCUACAAAUGCAUUCUGCUGAAAAACCUCUCUCAGGACGAGCGACUGGACGUGCUGUUGACGCUGAAGCACACUGUGAAGGAACAUGCAUGUAAACUGACCCAGGAAAUCCUAGAGCUGAUCGACAGAGAGGUCGACCUCACGAUGAGAGGAGUCAGACCUCAUAAUCUUGAAGGGCUCAGGAAAAGAAUUGCAACGCUCUUCUUCCAUUAUAUCAAAACACCUCUAUUUAACCCUGAAGUUGCAAGACACCUGAAGGUCCCUCAAGAUCCGCUAAAGUUUUAUAGGAAGAUUUAUUUUUGUCACAGUUGCCAGCUCUAUUUGCCUUCGACAGAAUUUCCUGUGUCAUCUACCACGCAUCGCAUCUACCGAUGUCGUCACUGUGUUAACCUGGAGAAUGAGACACGGCAGCGAGAAUCGUUUUUGAAAUACAAGUGUUUACUUCAGCGGCUCUACCGAUCGGAAGCUGAGUAUGAAGAUGAUUCCAGAAUCGCCUUUUUGAUGCAGCUACAGGAUAUUCAGUACCUGACAGAGAACAUCUGGGCGUCGCAGUCUGUGCUCAGUGACUGUGACGAUCUCGGCGAUCUGGUCAUGGUCAGAUGGGACAAGUCCUUGGAGUGGUCCCCUUGGAACUGCAUCCUUCUCACCAAGGAUGAAGCAGCUGCUCAUCUCAAGCUCAGAAGUGUCGUAGAGGGGUACAGACCCUUGUUUAUCCACACGAUCAAACACAAGCACAUCCUGGCGAAGAACUAUUUUGCUCAGAUUCCAGCACUCGCUUCAUUUAUUCUUGAUGAUCCUGAAAUAGAGGAGAUCAGAAAGAAGUAUCACUCAGAUACUGCACCUAAAGUUAUAAAAGUCCAAAAGCCUUGUACUUAGAAGACCCGGGAAUAUUUGAUGAUCAGCA